ACGAGACUAUAAAAACAAUUUAUAUGAUUCAUAGCAACUUUUUUUUUCUUCGAAAAUUAAUUCGACAAAUUUGAACGUUUUGAAUAUGAUGGCAAAUUCACGAAUUGUUCCAGUUGAAGUGAUGAAGAAUUUCAUCAAAAAUAUUAUGAUCAAAUUGAAUGUUGAUCCAUCACAUGCAGAAAAUCUUGCCGAUGUUUUAGUAACCGGUGAUUAUCGUGGUCAUUUUAGUCAUGGACUUAAUCGUAUCGAAUUGUAUAUCAAAGAUAUACAACAAGGUACAUGUAAAAAGGAUGGAAUUCCAAAAAUUUUGAAAGAAACAUCCGCUACAGCAUGGGUAGAUGGAAAUGCAUUGCUUGGUCCUGUUGUAGGUAAAUUUUGUAUGGAAUUAGCUAUUAAAAAAGCCAAAGAAAGUGGUGUUGGUUGGGUUGUGGCUAAAGGUAGUAAUCAUUUUGGAAUAGCUGGAUAUUAUAGUAUGAUGGCACUUUCACACAAAUUAUUGGGAAUGUCAUUCACGAAUGCAUCGCCAUUGUUAGCACCAACCAGAAGUACAGAAGCAUUUUUUGGAACAAAUCCACUUUCGUUAAGUGCUCCAAGUAGUUCAAAGAAUGAUGAUUUUGUUCUGGAUAUGGCUACAUCGGUAGUUGCUCUUGGAAAAGUUGAAAUAGCUAAUCGUAAAGAAGAGAAAAUACCACAUGGCUGGGUUAUCGAUAAGAAUGGAAAAACAAGCGAUGAUCCGGCUAAUUUUCACGCAUUGUUACCAUUAGGCGGACCAGAACAUUCUAGUGGUUAUAAAGGUUAUGGCUUAGCAGCUUUAGUCGAAAUAUUUACCUCUAUACUUGGCGGCUCUGCAAUGGCUCCAAAUGUCCGAAGUUGGUCAGAUAAUCAUACUGAAGCAAAUCUGGGCCAAUGCUUUAUUGCUAUUAAUCCGGAUUGUUUUGCUCCUGGAUUCAGUGAUCGUAUGAGUGAAUUGAAUCAUAAUUUACGAACACAGAAGCCUGCUGAUCCUGAUCGCCCUGUUUUGGUUCAUGGUGAUCCAGAACGAGCACAUAUGCAAAAAUGUGAUCAACAAGGUGGUAUCGAAUAUCAUAUCAAUCAAAUCAAAAUGGCUGAUAAACUGGCUGAACAAUUUGAAAUCGAACCAUUGAAAACAAUUGAUAAUUAAAGAAAGUUCACAAAACUUUUGAUGUCUA